AAAAAAUGGGUUCCUUAACAACAGCUUGACAGAUGUUGUGACGGGUAAACGAACGAUACGAGAGGUCGUGGGGUCAGUAAAAAUGUAUUUUUAAGGUUUAAUUUUACCAGCUAGUUAUGGUUUUUGCUCUCUAAAUUCACAAGUCAUAAGUCAUGGCUUUCAUCUCCAAUGCAUAAUUGACAACAGCAGCAGAGCAAAUCCCAUACAUCAUACCAAAGAUAUUUAUUAAAAAAACAGAUAUAAAUAUAUAUACACAAUUACUUACUAACAAAAUUAUAAAUAUGUAAAAUAACAGUAAUAAAUUGAGAAAAGAUAUGCUGAAGACAAACAGUUUUUGCAGAUUAUUGAAAAUAGUCACAGACAACACAUAUUGCGGGGCACAUGUCAGGAAGUUUGCAUAUUUAAGCAGGAAGAAGUCAUGCUUGCCUCAGUGCUUGGCGAGAGCUACGUGUUUGCACACGGGUCUGCUGCUGCGACAGAAGAAACGGUUGAGGAUAAAGAUACCAACAUUUCACUCCGGUGCGAGUACGACAAAAGGGCAAAUGAGUGACGAGAGCCAGCCUACCGACAAUCAUGCCAGUUUCGGAGGAACUUUUGAAGUUAGUGAUUCAUCCGGCGAAGACACGUCGAUUGUUGAACAGAAAUAUGAUUCUGAGGACGCGAAAUCCGAGCACCACAGGAGACCAACAAAGAUCCCACUCAACUUCAGGACCUGGGAGACUGUAGGGAAGAAGACCGACUCGGACGAGACAACGUUUAGGUUCAAAGUGGUGUCUUACAAUGUACUAGCGCAGUAUUUGUUGGAGUAUCAUCCGUAUCUCUACAUUGAUUGCUCUCCGAGGAACUUAAAGUGGAAACACAGAUCUAGACGUCUCUACCAAGAAAUUCGCAGACUGUCACCUGACAUACUGUGCCUCCAAGAAGUUCAACUGUCGCACCUUGAAACGUUCUAUUCUAAAUUCGAAAACAUCGGGUACCAAGGUGUCUUCAAACAGAAAACCGGAGACAGGCAGGACGGAUGCGCUAUUUACUUCAAGAAGUCUUUAUUUGAUUUGGACGAUCAAAUCAGCGUUGAGUUCUUCCAGCCGGAGCUGCCUAUCCUCAACCGUGAUAAUAUCGGUGUGAUUGUUAAAUUGUCGCCGAAGGAAUUGCCCGGGUCUUCCAUAGUCGUUGCCACAACUCACUUACUCUACAAUCCGAAGAGAACGGACGUACGACUAGCACAAAUAAAAAUAUUACUCGCCGAGAUCGAUAGAUUCGCUUAUUUCAACAAUGGGAGGGAGUCCGGCCAUUUUCCCGUUAUACUGACAGGCGAUUUCAACUCCACCCCAGAAAGUGCUGUGAUAAAAUUACUAGAUAGAGGACGCGUUAGAGCGAGUUCGCUACGAGACAAUUCGGAUUGGAAACGAAUCGGCGUCACCGAUAACUGCCAGCACUUGGCCGUUUAUUUAAACCGACAACAGGGAUGUCCACCGAAUUUCAACAAAAUUAAGAUACACAACUCGGAAUACGCUUUCGACUCGGCCGACGCGGACGAGAGUGAUUACUGGAACGAUGCUCACAAUCGGAUGUUCAACAGUGACGUCAUAGGUCACUCCCUAAACCUGAUCUCUGUUUACAACAAGUUCAAGGCGGACGGGCAAAUGGAGGCCUCCACUUUCCAAGACCAUUGGGUCACGGUCGAUUACAUUUAUUUUAGCUGUCGCAGCGGUCUCCGUCUGCUCGAGCGUCUGCGGCUGCCGACGGCCGCGGAGUGCGGCGUGCUCGGUACGCUCCCGAACGAAGUGUACCCCUCGGACCAUCUGGCGACCGCGGCCGUGUUCGAGCUGAGGCGGUUCCGCUACGCCUCCUAACACGCACGCUUAUGUGAAGCCGCGACUGAGACACGUACGGACCGCUCAUUAUCAUUAUAUUGUAGAAUAUAUUCGAGGUUGAAUAGAUAAAAAAAAACUACAUUUUUUUCAAGUAUUUUUAAGUAUCGAAGGAUAGUAUUAUGAAAAACCAGGAAAUUAAAAAAAAAACUAAAAAAUCUUGACGCGUGCUAUUUUAUUAAAAAUAUGUACUAGAAGUGUAAUUGAUUAACAUACUUAAAGAUAUAUAAAAAUGUUCACGAAUCACGAACAAGUAUAUUUUUCUACAAAAAAAAAAAAAUGUAGAAAUAAACAUUUGGUUUUUAUUGAAGUCACUUUUGAGUUAAAAAAUAUUGUGUUGAGUGAAAUUAACAUAUGGCGCUUACGCCUCUGACUAAAUAUAAAAAAAAAAUACUAAUUCUAACUAAUUUAUAAAAAAAAGACUUAAAAACACACUUACUUCUCUAAACAGCAUUCUCUCUACAAUCUUGGAAAAAUGCGAAUUUAUUUGUUUUCACACAAACAUUAUAUACAAUACUAUUUGUAUAAGUAGCCGCUGGUGCAAGAGUACUUAGAAUUCUUAUGACGUCAUUUAUUUUCAACCAUCGCUAAAUUCGAGAAGAAUGUAAAUCAAUAUAUUAUUAAUCAAACGUGCCUCAAAAAUUUUUUUUUUGUUGUAUAGUAAUGAAACUUAAAUAUAUGUAUGUACGUAAAAUAGUAAUACUGAAAGUCCUCAUACAAUUAUAAUAUUAUGUACCUUAUAAUGCCUAGAUAUAACAAUGUAAAUAUGAUAUUUUGGAGAAUACAUUUACAUAUAAUACGAUUUCAUUUUUGAUUUAUUAAAUGAGUAGUGGAUAGUGAACGAAUAAAAAAAAUUUAGAUAAAGGCUAAAAUUUUGUAGAGAAUUUAAAUUUGUAAUGUUAUAAGAAGGAAUCACAAGAAAUACACGUUUAGUCUAUGUAUAAUUAAUAUUUGAAGUUAAAGUUUAAUGUCGGAAACAGUAAUAGAAACGAUCUCUCAAAAAAAUGAAAGGUUGCAUUACUGUUAAUUAUAUUUAGCAAAUAUCCUUCGUUUUCCUAAGCUAGCCUUCGUUUCGUAUUCCUUUGCUUAACGCUAAUGGCCAUGCCGUGUAUAAAAUAACAAGAUUCAUUGCUACGUGUGCUCAUUCUUAAGCCCACUAUUAUUAGCCGAACUAAGAAAGUGUAAUACAGUUUAAGUUAACUUGAUUGAGUCAGCGAUCGAAUGGACGCAAACAAUUGAUGUGGAAAUGAUCCAACUGUGGAACCAAAUUUUUUUUUUUUGCUUUUGUAAGCCGACGAGCAUACGGCCCACCUGAUGGUAAGUGGUCACCGUCGCUCAUGGACGUCAGCAAUGCCAGGGGCAGAGCCAAGCCGCUGCCAAAUGGAACAAACCGUCCACAUUUUCAUCAUUCGCAUGAUGAAUUACAGAAUACAUUGCGUUGUUUUGACUAGGCAUUGAGUGCGGUGUGGAGGUAGCCUGUGGCGGCGUCGGUAUUCGCUUCCGUAGACUUAAAACUGUAGCCGAAUGAGUGUGCGAUGUCCACUGGCGGCUCGCACCUAUAUCUUUUCUUUUGCUCGAUGAUUACCCAGCAAUGGACUUUAAAAAAAGUAUUUCAAAUUUAUAUGCAGUUUUGUCAGUAGCGUUUCGUUACUAGUAGUAAACAAUACGUAUGAUUUACGAUAUAUUAGAAAGUUUAGUGAAUUAUAUUAAUAUAGUUAAAUUACAUUUCGCACAAAUAUGACGGUAUGUGUAGAUAUUAUAAUGUUAUAUAGAGUAGUUUUGUCUACUGUAAAAUUAAACUUGAUUAUAAAUAAAUUUGACAUAUUUUUGUAGGGCAAUAAAGAACAAUGACAGUAAAAAAUGAUAUAAAAACAUUUAAUAGUUAUUAUUUAUUUUCCAGCCAGUACUUAGUCUCAAAAAUAGCGAGCGCGUAGGUUGAAUUAAAUGUUCAUCUUGUUGGACAGCAAUUAUUUAGGUAUUUCCUUAAAUUUUAUGUUUUUGUCAAAUAAUGCUUAUUUUUAUUUUGUAAUUCGACUGCAUUGUUAUGCAUAUUAUUUGUGGCAUUAAAAUAAUAACAUUUUUGAUUGAUUCCUGUUAUUGAUUUGUAUUUAUAACACGUUCACGGUUCGUAAUAAUUAAUAAUUUCAUUAUUGAAAUAUUAUGUUUGGAAAUAAAGAGGUUUUGUUU